AUGUGGCCCGUCCGUCCCCAGCCUGGCUCCACGGACCUCCAGGCAAAGAUGGACGCCAUGAUGGGCUUCGAUGCCGCGCCCGCAGCUCCCGACCCGUCAUCCCUUUCCGCUCAGCCCGCCGGCGGUGCUUCUACUGUCGCCGAGGCGGACGGCGACGGCGACGGCGACGGCGACGGCCCCUGGUCCAGGCUGCCCCGCGAGCUGGUCGACGAGGUCCUCCUCCAGCUCGCAUACACCGCCUCCAAACCAUACGUCGCGCAGAGCCUCCUCGUCCUCUCAACGAGCAUCCAUCGCCUCCUGCUGCCCGUCAUUUACACCCAUCCCAUCCUCGCGUCCGCCCAGGCCAUCGUCCGCCUCGCACGCACCCUGCGCGACUCGCCCCACCUUGGCCUCCUCGUCCGCGCCCUCUACCUCCGCUGCGAGUUCUGGGCAGGCGGCAUCGACGAGAACCACGUCGUCCAGAUCCUCUCGAGCGUCGCAAACGCAACCGACAUUGUCCUCGGCGAGCUCGAGGCCCCGCUGGCAUCGUACCUCCCCGCCGACGCAAAAGUCGAGUCCCUGGCCGUGCGUGUCCGGCCUACCGCCUCCGACGUAGACACCCUCCCGCCCAGCGUAUCAGACGCACCCUGGUGGCAUCGCAUCAAGCAUCUCGGCCUCAUUUUCGACGAUACCGUCAACAUCCUGCGCCGGCCGCCACGCGGACUCGCAUCGUGCACCAGCUUCACCUUGCGCGCCCCCGGCACCCCCGUCGGCAUCGCCGUCAAGUGCAACCGACAGGGUGCAAUCGAGGCGGCGAUGCCUGACGAAUUUGCGGCCAUCUCGCCCUCCCGCGGACGCACGGGCGAUCGUCCCCGGAACGUCAACACGGAUCUCGACCGCUCCCUGUCAGAGGAGGAGGAGAGCUACGUCGUCCGGUCCGCCCACACGGACCUCGCCUUGCCGCUGCCUGGGAUCCGAUGCCGACCGGAGUUGCAUCCAGGUUCCGAGGUCGCCGGCCUCAGGAGGUGUCUCUGCAGCCAGCUGGCCCAGGUGUGGGACCAUCGUCUGCGCGCGUCGCCCGGAUACGAGUCGAUGCGGUCGUCGGGCCCCGAUCCGAUCCGCUUCGCCGUCGAGCUCGACUUUAGCAUGGCUGAUCGCCGAUCGGUAGCCGCCGAGGUCCGCGCGUUCAAGGUCAAGCACGGUCUCUGA